UUUCCUGUCCGAUGGAAACAAGUAUUUUGUAUUCAGGUCGUUUCCGAUUAAUAGCUUCAUGCCUUCCGCAUAAUUUGCUAAAGAAAGCCGAGUGUUAAGACAGUGCGGUAGUAGUUAGAUAUAAAAUUAAAGCAGAGCCCGGGAUGCAGCCAGCAUCCAUCCACCCUGAGAGUAACUGUAUGUCGUAAAAUAGGCUUGACAAGUGGGCAGAGCCAUUAGCUGCAAGCCGCAGACGUGGCCACACUCGUCAGGUGCAGGCCGUAGCCAAGGCCUUUCAGUCAUUACUGUCGUUGGCUGUGACUGGAGACGCAACCCGCUAACUGACACUUGGUCAGUGGUGGAGCCAGCCCAGAGAGAAGGGUGUGGCCGCCGAUUAUGGAGAGCAUAAGUGGUAGCAGCGUGGAUUCGAGAGCAACUCUGCGGGGCAUAAACAGCACGCCUCUCUCGGCCCGCGUCGAGUCCUACGAGGCCAGCGAGAAAAAGUGCAUCUCCGACGUCAGGAGGACCUUCUGCCUCUUUGUCACCUUUGACCUCCUCUUCAUCACCUUGCUGUGGAUCAUUGAACUCAAUGUGAAUGGAGGAAUCGAGAAACAGCUUGACAAGGAGGUUUUACACUAUGACUACCAUGCCUCCUUCUUUGACAUUUUUCUCCUGGCUGUGCUACGGUUUGCAGGCUUGAUCUUGGCCUAUGCUGUGUGUAAACUACGCCACUGGUGGGCCAUAGCGUUAACGACUGCAGCCACAAGUGCUUUCCUAAUUGCAAAAGUCAUUAUAUCAAAGCUCCUGUCCCAGGGGGCAUUUGGGUACUUGCUGCCCAUCAUCUCUUUCAUCCUGGCCUGGAUAGAGACAUGGCUCCUGGACUUCAAGGUCCUACCUCAGGAGGCUGACGAUGAGAACAGAUAUCGUUCUAUAAUGGACGCCCCAGAGAGGGCCUCCUUUGUGCACCCAGGACCGCUUUCAGAUGGGCAGUUUUACUCCCCACCAGAGUCUGUAGCAGAUUCUGAUGAUGAGCUACUGGAUGAUAAACAUGACCCAGAGAAGGCUUUUAUUUAGCAGCUUCAAAGUAAAAAGGUGGAACCCGUUUGAAGGUCACGGCUUUGAGUGACGGCACCCAAAGUUUCCCAGUCUCUCGCCACAGCUGCCGCUUCUAACCGUGGAGGAAGACUUUGCCUUACAACCACUGCAUGUUCUGUAUUCCUGCACAGAGAACCCACGUUCCUCAGCCUGUUCAUCCUGUACACUGCCUCAUAUCCCUUAAUCUCCUCACUGAAGCCCAGAGUUUUAAACAAGACAAUUGUUCACUUUUUUCCUUGACUGUGUGCAUACUGUUAAUGUUUUUUAAGACAUGUUGUUUCAGAUAUAAACUAAAUCCUGAUUUGCUGUAUCUGUAUUUGUAACCAAGUGAGAGGUAUUUCAAAAUCCACCUGAAAUCCCCUCUAACUAAUUAGUUGGAACCUCUCCAUGUCUUGCCUGAGAUCAGACUUCUUCCACAUGCUAAUAUAUAUAUAUGACGCCACCACAUAAAGGCAUUUUCAGCAUUUAGACAACAAAACAUUCAUAGCAAUCUAUUAAUAUGGGUUUUAAACACUACCAUUUGUUAAUAAGCAUGAUUCUUGCACUUUCUGUAUGUGGAUGACAGCUUGUUGGCCAUUAGCCAGUGAGUGUUUCUCAGUGAGUUCAAAGCCUGUGAAAGCAUUAUAUUGUUAACUCUUGCUGAAACUCCAUGGCUCCACAACCAGUGCAUUAAUGACAGAGGUCAGCAUGGGCAAUGUGUUUAUUUAAAGUUUGGCUAUAGGCUGUUGAACUAUCACAGAUGUCACUUCAACAUCAAUUGCUGGAUAACAUCAAAUCAAUAGAACAUAUUUUUUAAAGACUGGUCUCCUUUGGAAUGCCAUCUGUCAGGGGGGAAAAUGUUGAAUAGUCUACAUAACCAACCCAACUAUAUGUCGUAUGCUUUUUAUGAUUGUUAUUUAGUUAUGUAACAAGAUCAAUCAGUAAUCUGUAUGUCCAAAAGCAUGCCUUAGAGAACUCAAUUAAGCAAUGUUUAUAAUUUUAUGACAGACAUUUCUUUUUUCAUCACAGGAAUGUAAUCAUACAACCAUUAAAAUCACUGGACAAUGUUGGAAUGUUUGUUUGAUCAGCAGCCAUUUUUGAAGGAGACAGGAACACUGAAUAAAAAGAUGUCAAUGCAG